UCUGAAUGCGGCCCAACGCAGUAUUGGACUUCCCGAGCCGGCGAGCACCCCCUUGAGGCGGAACUCUCAAAACAGCGUCUCAAAACAGCACCAGUCAACACUGAUUUUUUUCCUCGGGGAUUCAUUGUAUCCUGGAAGCGUUGUGCGCUCUUCAGUUUGACGUGUGUAACUGCACUUCCGGCGGUAUCUGCGCUAGAAUGGCUGCAGUGUUUACGUGUUGUUUGGGCUGCUGCGGGGAUGGCGGACCGGGUCAUGCUCCCCUCAAAGAGAUGCCCACCGUACAGCUAGACACGCAUCACAUGGGGACGGAUGUGGUCAUAGUGAAAAGUGGGAGGCGGAUCUGUGGAACUGGAGCCUGUCUCGCCAACGCCCCUCUACACCAGAACAAGAGCUAUUUUGAGUUCAAGAUCCAGUCCACGGGUGUUUGGGGGAUCGGUGUAGCCACUCAGAAGGUGAAUUUGAACCAGGUGCCACUGGGUCAAGACAGUAACAGUUUGGUGCUUAGAAACGAUGGCUGCAUAUACCACAAUAAUGAGGAGAAGAAUCGGUUACCUGCCAACAGCCUUCCUCAGGAGGGGGAUAUAGUGGGGGUGACCUAUGAUCAUGUGGAACUGAACUUGUACUUAAAUGGAAAGAGCAUGCACUGCCCAGCCUCAGGUAUUCGAGGGACUGUGUUCCCCAUAGUUUAUGUGGAUGACAGUGCCAUCAUAGACUGCCAGUUCAGUGAUUUCUACCAUACUCCACCUGAAGGCUUUGAGAAGAUUCUGUUUGAGCAGCAGAUCUUUUGAAUUGUCAGCUGUGUGUGCAGAAACACACAGUCUCGAGCUGAACUGUGUGUGUGUGUGGCAGCACGUGGUUCGAUUUCUUUGAAUGUUGCUUCUGCCUUUGCUGUUACUACUGCUGCUCUUGUCCAUUUGGAAGAAAAACCAGGCUUUAUUUCUGUCUCUCUCUCUCUCUGUGUGUGUGUGUGUUUGAGAA